AUCUCUCUCUAUCGCUUCGAGAUGCGCUAGCCUCUCCCAAACGGCCAACAAGCCCGCUCGUGCACUGUCACGCAGCUUGCCGCUUGCGUCCCCGCUCGCAGAACGUGAGUUCAUGGUGCUACUCCGCUCGCGUCCUGUCUUUUCGGGCCUCUAGCGGAGCCUACCGGAAUAGCUCCAUGCUCACGUUGGUCAUGGCGGUUGCAGGACGCAGCUAUGCCACAGAAGCGGGCGAGAAGGCCGGCCAGAUCAAGGCCAUCAUCGGUGCCGUCGUCGACGUCCACUUUGAUGGCGACAUCCUGCCGCCCAUCUUCAACGCGCUCAACGUCAUGACGAGCGACGGCAAGCGCGCAGUCGUCUGUGAGGUUGCACAGCAUCUCGGUGAGAACACCGUCCGCACGAUCGCCAUGGACGGCACAGAGGGUCUCGUCCGCGGUCAGAAAGUCAUCGAUACCGGCGCUCCCAUCACGAUCCCCGUCGGCCCAGAGUGCCUCGGUCGCAUCAUGAACGUCAUCGGAGAGCCCAUUGACGAGCGUGGUCCCAUCAAGGGCAAGACAACCCGCCCGAUCCAUGCCGAACCGCCCGUGUUUACCGAUCAGUCCACGACAGCGGAGGUGCUCGAGACGGGCAUCAAGGUCGUCGACUUGCUCGCUCCCUACGCAAGAGGUGGCAAGAUUGGUCUCUUUGGCGGUGCAGGUGUCGGCAAGACUGUGCUCAUUCAGGAACUCAUCAACAACAUCGCAAAGGCCCACGGUGGCUACUCUGUCUUCACCGGUGUCGGUGAGCGAACGCGCGAGGGCAACGAUCUCUACCAUGAAAUGAUCGAGACCGGUGUCAUCCAGCUCGACAAUGACAAGUCAAAGGUCGCUCUCGUGUUCGGCCAGAUGAACGAACCUCCCGGAGCUCGCGCUCGUGUGGCGCUGACCGGCCUCACGAUUGCCGAAUACUUCCGGGACGAUGAGGGUCAGGACGUGUUGCUCUUCAUUGACAACAUCUUUAGAUUCACGCAAGCCGGUUCAGAAGUGUCUGCCCUGCUCGGUCGUAUCCCUUCUGCUGUCGGUUACCAGCCCACGCUGGCGACAGACAUGGGAGGCAUGCAAGAGCGUAUCACAACCACCAAGAAGGGAUCCAUUACGUCUGUGCAAGCCGUCUACGUGCCGGCAGACGACCUGACUGAUCCUGCGCCCGCUACAACCUUUGCGCAUCUAGACGCCACGACUGUGCUCGAGCGAUCGAUUGCAGAACUCGGUAUCUACCCCGCCGUCGACCCGCUGAACUCGAAGUCGCGCAUGCUUGACCCUCGUAUCGUCGGUCAAGAACACUACGACAUUGCCACAGCUGUCCAGCGUCUGCUGCAAGACUACAAGGGCCUGCAAGACAUCAUCGCCAUUCUCGGUCUCGACGAGUUGAGCGAAGAGGACAAGAUCACCGUCGAACGUGCUCGCAAAGUGCAGCGAUUCAUGUCGCAGCCUUUCGCCGUCGCUGAAGUCUUCACCGGUAUCGAAGGUCGUCUCGUCUCGCUCAAGGACUCCAUCAAGAGCUUCAAGCAGAUCCUGGCUGGCGACCACGACUCGCUGCCUGAGAACGCGUUCUACAUGGCCGGCGAUAUCGAGGAUGUCAAGCAGAAGGCAGAGAAGCAGGCAAAGGAAAUGUCUAACUAGUUGGCAAAGCUGUGCCACCUCUUAGCAAUUGUCAAAGCGAUGCAACUUGAUGGUGCUAUCAG